ACGCGUCCCAACUAUUAGGGGGCGGAGAGAUUAAGAAAAAAAAAUUAGUGAACACCCAUGUGCUUUCAAAGGAAAGGUGUGUGUCUUGCCGAGUGGUGCUUGGCGAGUUACAGUGAACAAUGGCAAGUAUUGCCAAGUUUAAUAUUGAUGCCCCUCGCUGGGACCAGAAUACCUUUAUGGGGCGUGUAAAACACUUUUUCAACAUCACAGAUCCACGGACACUGCCAGUUUCAGAGCAAACGUUGGAUUCAGCGAAAACAAUUGUAGAGAGCUGCAGGGCAGGUUCGGUACCCCCUGGAACCAGUGAGGAACAGCUUUUCUAUGCCAAAAAGCUAUAUGACUCAGCUUUCCAUCCUGACUCAGGGGAAAAAAUGAAUUUAAUAGGGAGGAUGUCAUUUCAAGUCCCUGGAGGAAUGGCUAUCACAGGCUGCAUGCUACAGUUUUACAGAACAGUUCCAGCUGUGGUGUUUUGGCAGUGGGUAAAUCAGUCUUUUAACGCCAUUGUGAAUUACACCAACCGGAAUGCAGCUAGCCCCAUCUCGGUCAAGCAAAUUGGAGUGGCUUAUUUCACCGCUACCAGCACUGCCUUGGCAACUGCCGUGGGACUCAAUCUUUACACUAAGAGAGCACCAUCCCUUGUGGCACGUUGGGUCCCAUUUGCAGCAGUAGCUGCUGCCAACUGUGUGAAUAUCCCCUUGAUGAGGCAACAGGAACUCAUUAAUGGGAUCACAGUGACAGACGAAAAUGACAAUACUCUGGGAAAGUCCAGGAGAGCUGCAAUCAAGGGGAUAACUCAGGUGGUGGUUUCCCGAAUUGCUAUGGCUGCUCCUGGCAUGAUUUUGUUGCCUAUUAUCAUGGAGGCAUUAGAGAAAUAUCCAUUCAUGAAGAAAAUCCAGGUUCUCCAUGCUCCCUUGCAAACAGUUCUUGUUGGAGGGUUCCUUGUGUUCAUGGUCCCAAUCGCCUGUGCACUUUUUCCACAGAGAAGUUCAAUUGCAGUUUUGCACCUGGAGCCUGAACUCAGAGAACGAAUUGUAGCUGAACAUGGGGACAAAGUGACUUUUGCCUAUUUUAAUAAGGGUUUAUGAGUGAGAACUGCCUGGACUUGGUGCCUUAUCCCACUAUGGACUUCUUCUCCUGGACAAAAACCUUUAUAGGGUGUUUUCAGGAACAGAGCUCAGAAUAUUCCAGAAAGAGCAGUCCAUCUCCUUUCUUCUUUCCCGUGUGUGUGUGUGUGUCUGUCUGUCUGGGUAUAGAGAGAAAUCUGGGCAAAUUUGAGUCCUUCUUUCUACUACGUCAGCAUAGUGACAAAUAGUCUGGGUUUUGGAACGUGUCAUUUUCUGCUUUAUGGCAAUGGUGAAAAUGAAUUACUUGUAGCCAAUGAUGAUGAGAAAUGGGAUUACUCUAAAGCAUUUAUUCCAAACCUUAAAUCCUCCUUGGUCCUUUGUGAGCACAAAAUAUUUCCUGAAUCAUAUUCCUCUGUGUUUUGAAGGCCAUACCUAAGUGUCUCUGAUCGAAAAAGGAAACUGCAGCUCCAUACUUGGGAGCAAGAAUGUAGGUCUUUGGUUGUUCGGGUUUUCUCCCGCGUAAAAUUGGAAGUGUCUUGGUGACGUUUCAACGAAGUCCCAUUCGUC